GGCCGGCUGCAGCAUCGGCGGCGAAAGGGGAGGCGAGAAGUCAGCGGACGAGUCCCGGGGAAGGGAGGAGGAGCAGGAGGAGAGGAGGCGUUGCACUGCAGCACCAGCAGCUCCGGACCAGAGAGGAAGGAAAGGAGAAAGACGCGCGCUCCUCGGAAGUGCCGCCGGCUCCGGAUCGCAGCAGCUCCUCUGCCCGCCAAAGCGCGCGCGCUCCGGGCCCGGCCGUCUCCAAGCGGGGCGCCAAAGCUCCCCACCCUCCCGGCGCCGCGGUCCCCCCGUGCGCAACAGGGCGCGCGCCAUGGCGCACCGGGGUGGCCGGGCGCUCGCCGCCUUCCUCCUCGCUGUCACGGCGGCAGGCUUAAAUGUCUCCAGUGCCUCUUCAGCUGGUCCACCUACUCCCUCAAGCGCGGCUCCCUCGGGAACAACAGAAUUUAAUGAUCCAGCUGCUACAACCAGUGCUGGCCCUCCUUUGAGCACCCAGAAAGGAGCCACCAUGACAAUUUCACUCCCAUGGAGACUUUCGACGCAGGAUAGCGCCACUGCUCCUAACACCACAGUGGAAGCUUUGACUGCAAACCCCGUUUCGGCUGUAACGCCCCUUUCAGGAGCAACGACCCUGGAUAGCUCAGCAGGAGCUCAUUCAUCACCGCAGUCAAACACUGGAUUACAAACCACGGAAGACCCAUCAGCCUCUGCGACAUCAGUUUCCGGCCUGGCCACAGGCACCGUUCCUCACUCAGAAACCGCACCAGUCAGCUCUUCGCCUACUCUAAACGGAUCGUCCACCGGCCCUUUUCCUACUGACGCCACCUAUCUAAGCACCGCCGGUGCCACCACCCAAGUGCCGAGUGCAGGAACACCUCCAGCAGCUGUGUCCUCGAGCAAACUCCCUACUGGAGAGGCAACAACAUCUGGAGAGACAUCUGUGGCAGCAUCCUCCCCGGGCUCCACGCAAGGGGCUACUACUUCUUCGAAAGCGGCUCUGUCAAGUAAGGCAACUCCAGGGACCUCCCCUACUGGCAGUACCACGUUCUCUGUGGGGGUAACCAUACAAGAAGUUCAACGGGCUUUGAGUUCGGGGAGCAUUGCAGCCAUUACCAUCACAGUGAUCGCAGUGGUUCUGUUGGUGUUCGGCAUAGCUGCAUUCCUGAAGAUCAGGCAUUCUUCGUAUGGGAGACUCUUGGAUGACCAUGACUAUGGAUCCUGGGGAAACUACAACAACCCUCUCUAUGACGACUCUUAAAUGGAGGAAUAUCCAUCAAAGCCAAAAACUGCUCGUGUAUUUAUGAAGCACUUAUUUCACUAAAAGCGCCAUGGUCCGAUAAUCCUUCCGCAUACAGUGUCCGCGUUGUUGCUUCUCCUGCUGUUUCUGCUGAUGCAUUGCCACCACAUCUUUUUGCAACCCACCAAACGAAAAACGAGCCAACCGGAGUGGAGCGUUCAGCAACAAAUCGGGCGAGACUUGGAAUCCGUAGCUGCGAGAAUACUUACUCGCGGGUGCCAUUGCCUCCAAAUCCUAACGUUCUGCAAAGCGAUUAGGAUUCCUGCAAAAAGGAACGAAGUCCGUGGAAAGUUGCGCCACCGGUGCUGCCGUGGCCAUUUGGGUUCCCAGCAACUCGGUUGUGACAGGAGACCUGCAGUGAAGAACGUGACCUUUUAAGAGUUGUCAGAUAGCAAAAAUCUGUGGUUCAGAGGUCUCCGAGAAUUAAACGGCAGAUCUUGAUUCUUGCUUUAAUUGCCUUUUCCGGGUUGUCUCCUUAAGAAAGCGUUCUGAUUAGAAUUCAGCUGAAGGUUGGAGCAACCUGAUACAGCACUGAAGUUCUUGUUAAAUGUUUUGUUAAAGAAAGGCAGAAUGUAACAUUACCAGUAAUAGGGGCUAUAGCCACAAAUGGCAGCCUGGUGUCCUGCCCUCCUGCUCCCCUCCCCAGCCUUCUAUCGUGUCCAGUUCAUUGGGGCCUCCUUUCACAAAAAUCUGUUACAGUUUGGGCAAUUGUUUUUGGAAAUUUAUUGAAGCCCAGUGUAAAGUCCUGAGCCCACCAGCUCCUGGUAAAGUUAUUGUUACCUCCCAAAUACAGACGCUCUCCAUGGAAUUGCCUUCAAUAAAGUUUGUUUUGUGGGGGGGACCAUUUGGAAAAGCAAAACUCUCAAGGGCUAUUUUUCACACCCCAAGUUUGUUCUUUUGUCAGUUCAGACGUGUGUUUCAGAAGUGUGUUAGAUAAGGGGGCCCUCGCCUUUUGAGCCUCUCCUGUGCACAUGGCAGAAAAGGCGGGUUUGUAAUGCAAACGUAGCGAAGGCAAGCGGAUAAUUUGCAUGACAAAUCAAAACUUCUCAAGCCAAAUAGAAGUGAAACACCUCAUUCUGCAUUACUGAGUUCCAGCCGAUGGCAGCUAACAUUAAGCUGAACCCUAGACACAAGCCUUUGAUGUAUUUUCCAUUAUAGAAAGCAGGAAAGAAGUAUUCCAUUUCAGAAAAGACAUUUUCAGUACUACAGUGUUGCUUUCUGCCUUCUCAGUAUGCAAAGUCUAUCCGUGUUUUGUUUUGUUUUAUCUCCUUCCCUUCCAUUUUUAAGAGCACAAAGUCACAUUGGUACGUUGAAUUGGUUUUGCAAACAAGUCUGCUGUCACAAUGAGGUUUGAUCAACAUAUUAUGCAGAGUUGGGGGGGGAUUCCCUCCUUUUAUUUUUAUAUCAAACC